AUGGUGCAGCCGAAGGAUGGUCUGCCGCUCGGCGAGCGGCUCUCUUAUGCCCGGGCGUCGAUCGAGCCCGUCUCGGGCGACGACUACACGCCUGUCAAGACGCCUGGCGACCUCGAAGCCGACACUGCCCCAGACGGUGGUGCCCUCCGUGAAGGCGGCGCGCUCGUCUACACGUCGCCCGAGAUUCUCGCUUUCCUCUUCCAGUACGCGGUGGUUGGCGUCGUCCUCGGUGGCACGAACGCGAUUGGGUAUCCGUUCUUGACGGCGUACUACCAGCUCCCCCCCAACAUUCUCAACUCGGCGGGCACGCUCAUGACCCUCGGGUGGUCGUUCAAGGUCUUCUUUGGCAUGCUCACGGACUGC